AUGCUAACAAAAAAGAAACUUGAUGAAAAAGAUGAUCUCAAAGACCGUAGUACCAAAAGAGUCAAAGGAAAGGGAGAUGGAAACAUGCCACCCAUGCAUACUAUUGCAUUAUCUCAGAGGGGAGAAAAUGAAGGGAACCCCAUAAGUGGUUUCAUAUCCUUCAAGAACAUUUUGACGGGGGAGACGACUAAGGCAAAGAAUGUUGACUUUCAUGAUGAUCAUCAACAAGUGAAGUUAUCGGGGGAACCCCAUAAACUUCCUUCUCUUCUCUUGCUUCGUGUAAACGGUGCGGUACUCCUCUCCGCACAAAAAGGACGUUCUCCGUCGUCGAUGUUCAUCACUGCCGUUCGCUCAAGUCUCGACAUCAUAGCCUCAACCUCAUCAUCUUUCGACCUAACCUCCAUCUCUUUCGAGCGAUUUCACGGAUUCAAAGCAUUUCGCGGAUUCGACAAAAAUCAUAGAAGAGUGAAUGAAAUACUUACCUACCGGAGCAGCUCUGGUGGCUCUUGUUUGGUGAAGAAAGAGACACUAAUGCAAAUUUCUGAUUGUUGA